GCAGGAAAUCUUUGAUGACAGGUCCAUUAUCUAGGGUUGGGAGGCCUGUCGAAAGCAACAGCAGUUCAACAAGAAAAACCACUUCCCACUCGAAUCUCAGUGUGUCCCUUAGAAAAUCGGCCACCCACAGCUAGGAAUGUUGCUAGUCAUGUAAUUUACACGCAAAAGGAUAAGCUUACCAUCGUUAUCGCCCAGGGGAAACGUCUCAAAAUGGUCUCCAUCAUAAAGAACCAACUGUUGAAACACUUAUCAAGAUUUACAAAGAAUUUAUCGGCGGACAAGAUCAAUCUUAGCACAUUCAAAGGGGAGGGUGAGCUAAGCAACUUGGAAUUAAAUGAGAUUGUACUCACUGAUCUCUUGGAACUUCCCUCCUGGUUAAGACUUCAGAGUGCCUGGUGCAACAAGGUAGCCUUCCGGAUACAAUGGACUCAACUAAAGAAAGUUCCUAUUGUACUUAGCCUGGAUGAAGUGAACAUCAUAGUGGAAACAUGUGAGGAGCUAAGAGAGAUGAAUUUGUCAGGACCAGCAACAGCAGCUGUGCCUGGCAAAUAUAGUUUCAUCCAUAAAAUCAUUGAUGGCAUCACAGUAACUGUAAAUGCUGUGAAUAUUACGUUCAAUAGUCCAGCAUUCACAGCCAAUGUCCAGAUAUCCAGAAUCCUAUUGGAAUCCAAGAAUCCUAAGUGGAAAAAGGGCGAUUUACGUACGACUCGCAUAAAAGAGCCAGAAAGAGGGCAACUGUUGAUAUUUAAAGAAUUAGAAUGGCAGACAGUUAGAAUUGAGGCUAAAUCAACCAAGGACAAAAACUUAACGCCACUACGAUUGCUGACGAAUCAGGCGAGAUGCCGCAUAACGAUCAAGAAACGAUUAUCUGAUUCGUUCAUAUUGGGAUCACGACUGGUAAUCAUACUAGAUGACCUGCUGUGGGUUCUCACGGACUCGCAAUUAAAGGCGGCAUUACAUUUUCUUGACUCUUUAGCCGGAUUAGUCCAAAAAGCGACUGAUCUAACGCGCAAAACGAAGGCAGCUCGAAAACUAGAAGAGCUGCCGGAAUACCGCGCGCAUCAGGCGCAGCAGGAGCGUAUGGACAAUGGAAACUCGUCGGAAGCAAUUCGGAAACUGUUUACUCCAUGGGAUGUUGUAGAAACAUCAUAUCACUUCCUUUCCCAUCAAAUAGUAUUGCAUCUAUGCGAUGAUCCUGGCGAUGGUAGAUCGACGCAUCCUAACUUAAAAGAUGGCGGCGCGCUGCAAGUCACCCUGCAGCACUUCCAAGUGGAUUUCUAUCCCUAUCACAUGGCGAUUAUCGAUCGUAAACACUGGCCGAGAUAUCGCGAGUCGUCUAUUCCGCAUGUCUUGUGGCAGGAGCAGGCACUCACUUCCUUCCGCAGUAAAUUUCUUGAUCUCAUCGAGAAGAAUCGCGCACAACAUACGCCACUGUCACGAGCCAAUAAGAAUGUUGAAUCGCCUACAACAGAAUCUCGCCGUGCGUCGACGGUGCCAUCGCCGACUGAUGUGAAAUCAUUCGCAAUCAAGCAGCUAAAUAAAUUGAUGACUAGUUGCAUGAUUAUUCGUAUCGAAGAUUUUACGGUUUACAAAGUGACUACGUCGGGGAAGAAGCAAUCGUUGAAGGAGUUUAUCACAGCGCAAAACAAACGAAAAGAUGGACGAGGAGAACGCGAUCAAAUGUCUUUGCCUCCGGAAACAAAAAUGGUUCAUGCCGAAUUUACUUACUUUUAUUAUCCUAAUGAUACACCUUUUCCUCUGCCUGCACCAAAAUUCUACGUGCAAGUGAACCCUAUCAACAUCUACUUCGACUUGGAGAGCUGUUUGUGGUUGAAUUCAUUUGCAUUAAAUCUAUAUCAGUCUCUGCAGGAUUCAAAGAAGGAUAUGACUGAUAUUUCUAAUUUGACUUACAUAGAUGUGAAAAUUGAAGCAAUUUUACCUAGGUUAAUUUUUGAAAGUUAUAAAGAUUAUAUUAUCCAACGAGAUAGGCCCAAAUCGCUGACAUUUGAGGUGACUCGCGCAACCAUCACGAAUGUCCGCAGCCUGGAGCAGUCUUCCCGUGCUGACCUCGCAAAGUGCGUGGACUCCUUCCACAUGGGCUCUCUUUUCUUCGGCAGCGAAUAUCCAUCACGGCCGGAAGAUUUCUACAUUGUUACGCAGAAAUUCCUCGAUCACAUUAGCACGAAAGACAAUAUUCGUACGGCACACACGGAGUUGAAUGCAUCUAGUAUUGAGACUUUGAUCAGUCAGCUAAGUCGUGAAUUUAUGUGGACGGAAGCAAAGGACGUGUGGUGCAUUAAUUUGGAACCAGUAUGGGCAGAUUUUAACGGCGCCAGGGCACUGAAUAAGCCUGUGCCAUUCCUGGAUGCUGUGCCCAUCACAAUAUGGCUACACAGUAACAUGGAUCCGAACUCAACCAUUAAGCAAAACAACGCCUACGCAGACAUACACGCGCUGGCGCAUAUUUCCAACUUGGUCAGUGUGCAACUCAAUCACUAUCAAUAUUUGUUUCUACUGCGGCUGGCUGAGGAUGCUACUGAACUGGCAGCUUUCUUGCUGUUGGAUACUAACCGAAUUACUAAACAAGAACAGAAUAGUUCGCUCAUUGUGGGCGCUCUUCUGCCUCAACUUGAAGUUACUUUGGUUAUGCCUUCCGCUUAUCCGGGCAAGGAGUCUUCCGGUGGAGAUGUUGAGUCUUUUGCGCCCGAGAGUUCUUUUGCUGAUGAUAUGGAUCAAAAGGGAGGAUCAAUGGGAACGGUAUGGAAUUCUAACUUGACGAUUUCAUCCGUGCCGCCAUUAACAUCAAUGAAAUCGUAUGCAAAAUCGCCUUCGAAUCCAAAUGCUAAUGUUAAUUUUAACACAGCGAAUAAUAUUAAUUCAUUUCCGAGUCCUGUCGAGAAACCACUUUAUCAAGAUAAACUGUCUCCGAAUGAAACUUCCCCAAUGAUUUUAGAUUCGGCGAAAAAUCAAACACUUACUAAUAUAACAAAUGCAGGGUUUUCUUCAAUGCGGAAAGGCUUUAGUAGCCUGAUGACAUCGAUUGAUAGCGCGCUAAAACCAACGAUGGAUGCAAGUGACGCCAGUGACACAAUGUCCAUCCGCAGUGAUGUAUCCAGCGACUCGGAAAAUUACAUUUUCUUAAACAUGGAACAGGAUAGCAUGCAGAAAGCGGACGACAUGUUUAUCGUGCCAGAAUUUAUGUCGCAGAACAAAGGUAUGGUGGAAAUUGCUAGCGAAGUCAUUGAAGAAGAGAGCACGAUAACGUCCACGAGUGAACACAGUUUGACGAGCAGUUGUCGCCGAAAAGACUUGGUUUCUGUCUCUACGUUUAAACUUACAAAAGUCGAAUUUAUCCAGCAAUCCUCUGGCUUCUCUUCAUCUAUAAAACUUCAAGUGGAGAACAUUUCUAAUGAGGACUGCAAUGCGAUUCCUUGGGAUGAGUUUCAGGCCAAGUACAAGAGCAAGUUCAGCUCGAGGUCGCGCGCUUGGUCAGAUAAUCCCAGCAACUCGGCGACGACGACGCAGGUGAAACUUCGAAUGGAUCACGAUAUUGUUAUGCCCAAACAUGCGAUAGCAAUCAAUCGCACCAACUUAAAAACGCUCUUCAAAGAUUUUCUGGAUAUUAGAGUCAACGAUGUUGCACUUAAUUUAUCGAUGAGUACUGUUGUUGGAAUGGCGGACCUCGCCGAAGACGAAUGCAUUCCUAUUCCAAUUCCUAUGGAGAUAUCACUUAAAGAUAUCUAUGUGCAUCUGACAGAGGACCGUCCGCCGGUGAAUAUAACAUCCCCAGGUCCGGUGCCAAUUGAUUUGAAAAUCGCUGAAAUGUUUAUCACGCGAGACGCAGAAGGAACAUUCCAUAUUGUUCCGAAUACUAAAACAGUUCGACAAAACUCUAUCAUGAACGAUGAGAAUAUGCUCAAUCAGCAAAUAAAUCGGCAGCUACGCUUAGACAACGAUGAAUUGCGAAGACGUUUACUGGCGUUUGAACGUAUUUCAGAGGAAAAUCGCAUGUUGCGUAAGGCAAAAGAAGAAACUGAAGUGCUUAAAAGUUCACUAUCUAAAAGCCAGGAAGACGUUGCGCGUCUACUCGAAGAAAAGCGCCGAUUACUCGACGAAGUUCGCAAGUUGCAGGAGCAGUUCAUGAACGACCGGCGAGGCCAAUGGACAGCCAAAAGAUAGCAAUGUUGUCUGGACUGCACCAACUGCUGCACGAACAUGAGGAGAUAGUUUAGUCGCUAGCUAGAGGGUCAGUCUUUGUUUUAUCAUGCUAAACAAUGCAAACAUUUUAUCGCGAACAAGUGGAAAAUUGAGAAAGUAAAUUGACAGAAUAUAUUACGUAGAUAGGUAGGCUUUGAAAUUGAUAUUGAUUAUUAUAAACGUUAUUAGGCGGAAGGGAAUUAAAUGAGUGCAAUUUACCAAAGAUUUCUGUUUCACUCAUGAACGAUUUCAAGCGCAAUAAAUUCGUUCAGGAAGCAAGAGAAUUCCGUUCCAAUACUUCCUACGUUUUCUGGAAGGCAUGUUAGUUUUGAUUCGUUAGCUUUAACAAGAGAUUUGAUAUAUCUAUGAUGUAAAAAUGUAUAUUUCAAGAUAUUUCUAUUUCCAUAUAUUUUAUGUUUGUUAUUUUUGUAUUAUUCAAAUUUGGAUCGUUAUUACUCAAUAGAUAUAUCGUAGUAACAGUAAAGUGGUGUUGCCAAAAACGAUGUAAGCAUUGCGUGCCAUACAAAAUGAAUUAAAGUUGUUUGGAAGGAGUAAAUUUGCAUGGCUAGAUUGUACGUCCGUUUGGCAAUUUAGUCCAGGGACAAUCUACAAUAGCGAAAAUUGUGGUCAUGUCGAUAACCACAAAACCAAUUACUUCAUUAAUUGCAGCAAUUUGCAAACAAUGAAGCAAUUACUUUCAAAUGUAGAGCUUUACCAAUCACAUAUACGAUUGGAAUGUAACAAUCACGCAUCAUGUUAACUCAAGUUGCUACAGCGACGGAAAACAUGUCAAUAGCGAUAGAGCCUUUCUUUAUCAACUUCAAUAGAUUAUUCCUGGACUAGUUACUUUACUCACUUAAACAUACGCAUAUUUCAUGAACAUAUCGAUAUGGAGUGGCAUGGAUAAUGCCGUAAUUUGUGAUCGUGUAUGAAUGAAGUACAUUUUACGGUAUGCGAAACGUUUUUAUUCGAAUUGUUUGCGUUAGAAAAACUCUCUCGGUGGAUGAGUGCCAACGCAACGUGUUGUGAUUACUUCCUAGGUUGCUCUUAAAUUUGAUACAUAACAAGAACACCAAUCAAUAAGUGGUUAGUAGUACAUUUUAGCGCAAAUAACUAAAAGAAGUGUUUUAUGAGCGUACUUAAAGAGAAAAGAAAAUACUAUUUACAUGUUGUCUUGUAUUCUUGUGUUUCUGACAUGUGUAUGUAAAACCUAAUAUUAUCAGCUAGGACAAAACAAAACGUUUAAAACAAAAACACAACAAAUGUUAUAAUAAUGUAUAUGGUGUUGAAUGAAGAUGUCUGCAAAGUGGACAAAAACGUCUAUUUGAAUCAUGUAAUAAUAAAUUCAUCGAUUGCAACGCAA